CAUUGACAUCUGAGCCGAGUUGGCUAUUUUUUAAGUUUGUGUUAUUUUGAUGUAAAAAUAUAUAUUUUUAUAAAUAGAAAGUACUCUGUGGCUAUAAAUUUAGUACUUAUUAUCAUAACAUGCUCACGUACAUAGUUAAUUGUAUUACUAAGUAAACCUGGCCCGGCGAAAAGUCACAGGAAAAUGUCGCAGCCUAAUUUACUAGACAUUAAUCCUGAGGAAUUGUUCCAAAACUAUUUUAUCAGUGAUGUUGACCAAGUUCAGAAGAAAUUACAAUAUGAAAUCGAGAGGAAAAGAGAAGAAUUACGUGCUAUGGUUGGGGAGAGAUACCGGGAUCUAAUACAUGCAGCAGAUACCAUAGAGGAGAUGAAAGUGACUACAUCAAGCACCCUCAAUCACAUCACUGAAAUGAUAGGCGCAUGUAGAAAUCUACACAACACACAUUUGGUGGGGUUCAAGUUUUAUAAGAAGCCAGAACAAUUACAGAGCUUUCAGUUCAAUGCCAACCCAGCCCAGAGCAUAUCGUUGCAAGUUAAACUUUUGUUAGAGAUUCCAGAAAAGAUAUGGACAUCAAUUGAAGUCGAGGAUUAUGUGAAGGCUACACAGCUGUUUAUCAUGGCCAGACAUAUCAAUACGGGUUUAAAAUUACAAAUGGGAGGUACCAGUGCCAAGCCGGAAAUGCAGUCAAUAUGGAGACUGGUCCAGCAGCAGUGGAACUCAAUAUCCAACUUUAACCAGACUAUCAUAGAUGUCUGCAGAGAGAAACUCCAAGAUGUUGACAUUACAGUAGAGGUUGCUUCUUCAUGUCUUGUCAGUCUAUAUCUUCUGGACUCGCAAACAAUGGUGGAACUCCUCAAUACAUUGAUAAGUUUACAAAGCAACAGCAGUCUCAAGUCUACUCUGGAGUUUGAUUUGACCAAAAUCUUGGAAGGAGACGUCAAAGCGCAGAUAAAGGAUAAAAUUGUUAAUGGAGUUAAGAUUGUGUUGAAGACUGUUGUUUUGGUCUAUGCCUGUUUUGUGGACAAUAUAGGCGGAGAAGUGAAGAACAAAUUGCAGAAAUUGUUUAGCAAACAUUCACAGCCCCUUAUAGAAUUAGUGAAAUUCACGGAUACGGCUGGAUUGAAAUUACUACCAUCAGGAAUUUCAACUUUUAGAUUAACCCCUCAAGAGCCGAUCAAGUUGUUAAUGUCAAGAGAGAUAACUGAUUGCGUUCAGAAGUGGGGUGUGUGGGUGAAGUCCUUCAUCGAGGAUAGCGUUCAGAAGUUGUUGCAAAACAUUACUAGGGUCAAAGUCCUGCAUGAGAUCAGAGAAGAUUCAUUUCGAGUUGAAACCCCAUCAAAUUGGUCCACAAUUUGCUCCGCUCUCGCCAUACCUGAAGUCCAUGUAUGGUGCCACUACUUCCAACCUCUAUUAACGGCCAGAGUGAAAGCAAUCAUAGACAACCGCUGGGUCAAGAUCUAUGACUCGUUCAAGACGCAGAUUCUCAUUGAUAUGACUAAGGUAUCUUCGGAAAGUGAGACAGAGAAGGAAUCUGACAUAAACUGGUAUGUGUGGAAGGACCUCAUAGGGGAGACUGUUAUUGAGUCCAGGAAUGAUGUCAUCAAAGUCAUGAACUCUCUCAUGAAAGACAUGGCCCGCCAAGAUCGUGGUUUCAGUCCUACUUUAGAGAAACUCUGUCAAAGCCUAGACAGCGAACUGCAGAAGCUUCUAGAAGACUUGAAGGUCUAUCUCUAUCAGGACAAGAAGAACAAAGACGGAAUUCUGUUCUCUUAUGACGAAGAGGAGGACCUGGAUCAGAUGUAUAUUGAUAAAGGGGAUAUUGUGGUGUUCUUGAGGGAUGUCGCUGAUAAAAAUAUACAGAGCAUGUUGCAAUACAUAAAGGUGUGUUUCGAAGAACAGACGUUACAAUCGACAGACAUACAAAGAAAAAUAACUGCUAUCUACACGGCGAGAUUCAUUCAAGCAAUACCCAACCUUAUGCCACAUUUACGCAAGAUCUAUAUUCCCGAACAGAACCACCUGGAGUUUGAAAAUAUCGAUGACAAUGCCAGCAAAAGGUGGUCGAAUUUAUGCGAUAUGUUAAAGGAAAAUUAUAUUUAUUGUUGGAGCAAGUGGGUCGAUAUUGCGAUGGCUAAAGUGCAGGACUUGACCAAGGAUUUGCCGCAAGAGUUUACUUUGGAAGCCAAUGUCGAUUACUUGAUGAUGCAAUGGGACGUAAUAAAAAUCGAAGAGAAAGACGAAGAAGGUACCUCAAUAGAAUCCAUAAUUAAAGUGCCCGCCGGUCCUUCACUAAAACUACAAGAAUUCCUUUAUUCCAAUAGCCGAAUAUUAGACGAAGUUGUCCCCCACACGUUACCUGUCGAAAUCCACACGAUGUUCAUAGAAAACGUUACGAACAUCACUCUCGCACAUUACGACAAAGUCAUAAGAGGAAACGAGACGGAUAUAAACCAGAGAUGCGCGCUCCAAUUGCUAAUGGACGUGAGGCAUUUGACGAUGUUAUUGGUGCCGCGGGAGAACAAGAAAUCUAUGGAGUUUUCGCAGAAUAUUUGCGAGUUUUUACGACAGAAGAUUGAUCCGUUCGACUAUGACGUGUUCUAUCCUUACAUUCAGACUAAUUUGAAACGAUCUGUUCAAAGAGUACAGACCCUCCUAGGCAGUCUAAUCCUUCAUCAUGGCCAACUGACUGGUAUAAUCGGGUCCAAACCGGUUCUAUCCGGUGGGAGUGGAGACAAAGCGGCCGGAUUGCUAGCGUCGAGCGACUCCCAUUGGUUCUCGCUUCUGCCGGUGGCGGCGCCACCGAGCCAUAAGAAACUAGAUAAACCGUCAAAGAAGAAGCAAUCAACGGCAAGUCCCAGCAAAUCCAAGUCGGAACUGUCAGAAAUAAUGACAAAAUCAUUGCCACUGAACUUCGCGAAUGCCCGCUCUGGCGCGGCGUCCUUUUUCAACUCUAUGACUUCGGAUUGGUUUAGUAGUUCAUAGGCAUUUGAUUAGAAACUGUGUGACUACUGCCACUAGAUGGCGGUAGUCGUAAAAGGCAUGGUGCCUGUAAUGCCAGCUCCACACUGUCGCCGAACUCAGUAAGUACUUCGUACAACAGGAUAGAUGACUGCGAAAUACCUGACAAACAAUAAUAAACUCAAUUCGCAAGGUACUAGAGACUAUUUUAGAAAGUUAUUAUAGACAGGAGACGAAAAAUUUGUCUUGGUGUAACCCUUUCUUAAUUUAAUCAUAAAUUUUGGACACCAACGCGAAUGCGUGAACAUUGCGUAGUUAAUAUGACUGCUAUUUAAGGCAAUGAAAAAAACCAAGCAAUGUAUAUAGAAUCUGUCAAAGUUUGGCAAACUGUUCGACGACAGUGUGGAGCCAGCAUAAGUGACUUGGACAAAAUCUGACACCAGCUCGAGAAGACUUCAAAAGGUAGGUAAGGUAUAUCAUGGCAUUAUCAAACAAUAGGUAAUAAUUCACUGUCGUAGUCAAAACGAUUUUUUACAGUCUAUCAUUACAACAGCCACCCGUUCAGCACAUGCCUUCCUUAUAGAUGGAUAAGGGAUAAGGGCAAUGACCCACCACGCGAGCUUUAUAAGGAGUAGGAAAUUGUUGUAGUUGUUGUGUGUCUUUCAUUCCACCUAAUGACCACGACCCUCAACCAUGAGGAAUACGACUAUGAAGAAGAAGACUAGACUAAUUUAAACACUUGCUAAACACAUUAUCCUGCCAUAUUAAGAUGGUAUUUAAACACGUUCAAGGUCAUAUAUUUUGUCGAACAUGUUUUUAUUCUAUGCGCUGUGUUAUCAUCUCCAACACAUCGUCAAGUAGUAAGACUAUUUUUUCAUUACAAUAUGGCCGUACUUGAUUAUUAUUAUAUUGGGAUAAAAAUUAUUCGAUUAUAUUUCUGUUACAGUACCUAUUUGAGUUAAUGAUAAUUUUAUUUCGUUCCCGUAUUGUAAUUAUAUAAAUGCAUUGAAGUAAUAUAAUGUAAUUCUAAUAAAUUAUUAUAAAUUUUA